AAAAGUGGUCAAUUUCACAGGAAACAAGUAUUUUAGAUUAAAAAAAUAUGGUGUAUAUUAAUGAUAUUAAAUAUGCAUGCUCUAGUUGUAUCAGAGGACAUCGAUCGUCUUUGUGCGAUCAUGAAAAUCGGCAGCUUUUUGAGAUCAAACGUAAGGGAAGACCGGUAUCUCAAUGUGUACAGAUGCCGACAGAGCGCACGAAAAAAGGGUCUAAAACGAGAUGUAUAUGUCAUCAUGAAUUAGGGGAAUCAUUUGUUUCAUUAGAUGUUGAAAAAAUGGCACUUAAAAUGUCAAAAAAAAAUAGGAAAAAGAUAUCACCAAUGAUGAAGAAUGAGAGGGGAUUUUGUGAUAUUGAAAAAGAUCAAGGGAUCAGGAAUUCAGUGCAAAUUUAUUCGUUUCCAACGGAUUAUAAUACAUUAAACAAUUCUCUGCAAUGGAUUCAUCUGCCUGAAGUGCCCAAAACACCAAGUAAUAUAGAUAUAAAAGCUCAGGAAGCAAGAUUUGAGCCGAAUGGUUUAUAUGAUUCAGAUUCAGUAUUUUGUUCUCAAAAUUUGGGUUCUGAAUUGAAGCCUACUGAAAUGAUUCAUGAAUAUCCUCAAUAUAUGUGUAAUUAUCAAAUGAAUUUUUAUCAAACAUGUGAUAAAUCUGCGUAUACACAUUUUGAUAGUGUACCCAUUUAUCCGUAUAUGAGAUCAGACAUAGGUAUAGAUUCUCGGGUCUUUACAUCUGAAUUUGUUGGAUGUGAUCAGUAUUUGAAAAUGCAAAAUAAUGAUAACACUAAAAUUCCUGAACUACUUACAGAUCCUCAAAUAAUGAUAUCAAAUGAUUAUCGGAAUUUUAAUUCUGAAAUUUUGGAUAUAUCUUACCCAUAUUUAUUAUCUAAAGUUGGGUUUGACUAUUUAUUUGAUUCUACAUGCGAAUCUUCAAAUUGUCAUAUUAAUACUAAUAAUAUUCCUCAAAAUGUAUUACAAACUAUGUCAAUGGAUAGAAAAUUAUUAUUGGGCUUAUAUACCAACCCUAAAUGAAAGUUUUUGAGUAAGAUGCCCGAUUUAAAUAUAUGUAUUAA